UUUGUACUAACUUUAUAAGUAUUUAUCUGCAGCGCUCACCGUUUCUCGCCGCGAGGAGGGGCCGACUACAAACCUCUGCUUCAACGAGUAGUAAAAACGGGAGUGUAAUCUCCUAGCCUAGGACGGACCCACAUGUCAUGGACUCAUAUGGACCUCUCCUCGCACGCAACGCGAUUCCUUUCUUUUCUGUUGUCCCUUUCAUUCAUCUCCUUCCCCAAGAAGAAAGGCCGGCGACGCCAUGGCCGAGACGGCGUGGGAGCUCGCCGAACUAUUCGUCCUCCGCCCGUCCUCGCCAUCUUCUUCGCCCUCUCAUUCAUCCUCCUGAGAGCUGGUACGUCGCGUGGAGGACGGUGCUGGUGCACGUCCCGCUCGUGCAGGAGGUCACCGGACUGCGCCGGAACAAGAAGCCUGCCAAGCCCAAGCCCCCCAACCGCGGCCGCAUCGGCAGGUUCUCUUCUACCAGUCGCAGGCAGAAGCGCAGAGGUGAACGAAGUAACCAAGAUUAGAUUUCUCGGAUGUCCCCCAAGGGGCCUAACCAAGAUUUUUAUUCCGCUUCUGUUCCAGUUCAAGAGUGAGUAUCUCAGAAAAAAAGAGUGAGUAUCUGAUCUGCUGGGAUUUGGAUGCACUUGGUCUAUCCAACAAAGUGGCUUCGGUUAAGUGACAAAUAUGAUGUUAUGAUUAGCUGCCGCUGGUUGUU